GAUUAAAAUUUCGUAUUUGUUUCACACACGUACACUCAAAUUUGGCGAUGAACUUUUUCGUAGUUUUACGUUUUUUAUGAACGUUUGUGUGUCUAUAUACAUGUCUGAGUUUUAGUACUUUUUCUAAAUUAGAAACCAAGCCAAAUGACGCGCUAGAGCAUUAGUCUUUAGGAACUCCCAAUAAUACUUGACUCGGAUCGUGGUGAUCCAUCCAAUUCAUGUCGGUAUGGAAAAAGAUGAUGAUGAUGUCGGCAUGGAAAAAUGAUGAUGAUGAUGGUAGUGGUGGUGGUGUUGGUGGCCUAUUAAUAACAUCUUAUUUAUGUGUUUGUUUAGAUAAAAAUUAUGAUGAAGAAACUUUGGCACAACAACAUGAAAUUGAAAUGGAAGUUGUUUGUUCUCAGCCUCUUAUGAGUGAUCGACUUCCUUUGAAUCAACUCAUGAAAGAUUAUGCAGAGGGAGAUUAUGUAUAUCAAGAAAAAUUGAAGGAUCUCCAAUCUCGCUAUAGAGAUUUAAGGCGAACACGAGGUGAUGGCAACUGUUUUUAUCGCGCAUUUGGGUUUUCAUAUUUAGAAAAACUUUUAGAUGAUAAAUCUGAUUUACCAAGGUUUAAAGAGGUUAUUCAUCAAAGUAAAGAAGACAUGGUUAAUUUGGGCUUUCCUCAGUUUACAUUGGAAGAUUUUUAUGAUACAUUUGUGAAUGUGAUAUCUCGAGUGGAAAGUUUCUGCACACAUAAAGAACUUUUUGAUAUUUUUAAUGAUCAAGGAGUGUCCGACUACCUUGUUGUAUAUUGGAGGUUGUUAGCAUCUGGUUACUUACAGAGACAUGAAGAUUUUUUUAGUAAUUUUGUUGAAGGUCACAGAACAGUAAAAGAAUUUUGUGGACAGGAGGUUGAACCUAUGGGAAAAGAAAGUGACCAUAUUCACAUAACAGCACUGACAUCUGCUGUUGGUAUUCCUGUUCGAGUAGAAUACAUGGACCGUGGUGAAGGUGGUUCUGUCAACCACCAUGACUUUCCUGAAAACUCCAAACCUACAAUUACACUUUUAUAUAGGCCUGGCCAUUAUGACAUUUUAUAUUGAGACAAUUUUUCCAUUUAACUUGUAAUUUAUCUGCUAUAAAACAGAAGCUCCCAUCCCUAAAGAUAAAUGUCACCAAUAGGUGGAGCAGCUGAAAGAUUCAUCACUUCUUUUCAUCAUCCUGCUUCUUUAUUUUCUUUACUGUUGUUACAACAGCCACCAGAUCAAGAUUUUUCCCUAUACUUACUAGGUGUAAUUCUUUUCAUUCUUCAGUGGUUUUUUUUUUAGCUUUUUAUUUCUACCCAUUUUAUAAACAUUAAAAAUAAAAUUGCUGGUAUUAGACUUAUUAAUUGAAGUAAAAUACAAAUUAAUUUCUUUGAAUAAAAUGAAAGAAAAGUUAAUAAAACAGAUAGCUUUAAUAUUUUUUUCUGAUAAGUAGAAUGGCAAAAAAAAGUGCCUUGCACUCUCCAUCAUUUCAUUCACCCUUUAAAUAAAAAGGAUUUUUCGGC